AUGACUAUUCCAGAGGUGCUCUCGUAUGCCAUCCGAGAAGCCUGGUACCUUCUGACAGGCUUCGGUGGCAGCGACUGGGCAGACCGCCGCGACGCGCCGGGGCCCGCCAGAGCAGGAGCGCUCUCCAGUGGCAGCGACGCGGAGAAGCUGGAAAAGGCGUUUGAGUCGAACGACUACAAGGGGCUCGUGGAGCUGCUCCGAUCGGAGGCGAAGAUCGAGGCCUUCAAGGAGCGGAUGCACCCGUGGGCCGACGACCCCAAGACGGUCGGGGCCCUCUCGGCCACCCACCUCGCGAUCCAGGCCUCGCUCGCCGAGGCGGGGAGCCCGAGCGUGAAGGAGGAGAUUUUCAAGGCCGGGGCGAUCCCUCCCCUUGUGGGCUUCCUGAGCUCGGGCGAGACGGACCGCGUGCACGCCGCCGUGGUGGCCCUGCGCUUCCUGACCGCGGAGUGCUCCAGCAGCACCACCGCUGCCUACGAGGCGGGGGCAGUGAGGCUGCUCCUGCAGCAGAUCGGGUCCCCUCCCCGCGGGAAGCGGGCCGCGGCCGCCACGGCGCUGCGGAACAUCUGCCUGGAGAAGGACGAGUACCGUGCCGAGUUCGUGGGGCUCGGAGGGCUGGACGGCCUGGUCCAGCAGCUCGACGCGAGCGAGGAGUGCGACCCGGCGCUCCAGGACGUGGACAUGCAGCUGGAGGCCAUCCUGAAUUUGCAGGACCUGCUGGAGGACCUGGACGGGAAUGCGAUCGACUCGUAUGUACGCAAGGCUCGUGAUGCUGGUGCUGUCAAGCCUCUUCAGCAGCUUGCCCUCAGCGAGAACGAUGAGGUGACAACCUCAGCUAAAGAGGUGCUUGCACUGCUUGGUGCCUGA